CUGAAUACCGGCGAUCGCCGCCUCGAGCCCAGCUGCCGCUGUCUUUCCUCAGCUGAUGACUUAAGCAAUUUGAUCAUCAAACAACUUACCUCAGCAAACAACCAAUCUCAUUCGCGCAUCCCGACGCCCUCCACUUUGACGGUCCAGCCGUGAACAGCAUAUCCCGUCCCAUAGCAUCAUCCAUCUAUCAGCUGUAGCACAGGCUCGCUUUUCGCCUCCCACGUAAGCUAUUUCACCACAAUGGGCUCUCCACCGCCUCCUUCGCUUGCGUCGUUGCUGGCUAUUCCGGGGGACGGACAGAUCAACACUGGCUCAGUUGAAGGUCAUGAUGAGGCAGAGUUGCUGAAUUACCUCAAAGAGCAGUAUGCGGCAGAAGAUGGUAAGAGGAGUCUUCAUCCAGGAGUAUCGACUGAUAACACGUCCAGUCGGGCUCGAAUCCUUGUCUUCGAACCGAGGCAAACAAUCUAUUGGUCGUUCCAACGGUAUAAAUCCUCCUAUUCCUCAGGUCAUUCGUCCCAGAUCGCUCUCACCGCCCGAUACUUCCGUCAAGAUUGAUCCUGCUCUGGCUGAGAUUGCGAGCCAAGCGCCAGCGGAGAACUUGCCCGAGAUCCCCGCUCCGAGCUUCUGGCUCCCAGAUCAUCAAGGUGACUAUGGAGCUCUUGGGGAGAUGGGAGGGAAGAGGAAAAAGUUGCCUCAUGAGAGAGCAGGCUGGAAAGAGAUGGACGAAGCUGGCCCGAGAAAACGAGGGCCAAGGAAGAAGGAUGCUUCUGCACCCAGUGGCAGUGCGGUUCCGGCGACUUCUGCGGGUACCACUGGGGAAAUGGACGAUGGUGCUGGUCAUCUUGAAAGAGAUCUGAUGGAGGCCCAUCGACAGAAUGGAGGGGAAGAGGAUGGAAUGUAUCAGACGAUGGGAUUGUACCCGACGACUGGGCUUGGAUCGUACGCUGCGACUCAACCGGAGGGAGGACAGUCUGGAGGUGAAGACGGAGAUCUGGACGAACAGGGAAAGAAGAGGAAGCGAGCGCCGUCAGAAGCAAAGGAGGCUCGGGCCGAACAGAAUCGAAGAGCUCAACAAGCGUUCCGCAGACGACGAGAAGAGAAGAUGAAAGGGCUCGAAGCUGCCGCAGCUGCGCUUGAGCCGACUCAAAGGAGACUCCAAGAGGUCGAGUCAAAGCUCAUUGAAGCGGCUCUGUCUCUUGAGGCAUCAAAGAUCCAGUGCCAAGCUUACCAGUCCGCUCUUCGAACCGUUGCUCAAGCUUCCGGAUACUCAAUCAUCACUGACGAAGGGACUUUGGCCAUCAAUUCAUCGAUGCAGACCAAGGCUGGUCUGAGUGAUGCGAAAGAGAUUGAUGCUGCGUGUGCGACCCUCGCUCGGCAGUCAAGAGAGCUUGCAAAGCAAAAUCGCAUCAGGAGGGGUUUCUAAAGGGCCAAUGAAGCAUUAUGCAGGGUCCUUCUAGAAAGGUUGUUAUUGGGAGCGAUUGGAUCUGUUAUUGUAUCAUAGAUGGAUGUGUUUGCGGCUUGAUAGGAGGUGGGUGACCGACGAACGAUGCCUGAGCUCGAGUAAGAUGUAUGUAGCUACUUGAUGAUCUGCCGGGGGAGUCAAGCUGGCUUCGCGAUGUUACCAUGGCGUCUUGCCCGGAAGGAAGUCCAGCAGCACAGCGGAUAGAUCGAACCCUGUGCCACGCGCC